AUGAAAUGGGUUAGUGAUGCCGGGUUCCUGCGUGCAAUCUGGACUCCUGCGCCUGCAACAUCACCGUCCAUCGAGGCCCGCAUCAACCUGACGGCUUCAAGUCCGAGAGUGCAGAUUCUUCAUCACGACGAUCCAUUCAUGGAGGAUAGCCUGGUGGCCUCCUGGCCUCCGAUCUCUGGCCUCACAUUUGAGCUUGCAAUGAAGAGGUUGCGAAAGCUGACGGACCAGGGCGUGAUGCAGAUGACCUUCCGCCGCCCGCUGCAUCCGUGUGUGUCGGAAGACCUGUAUCAAUUUGAGAUGAUGCCUGCCUGGAACGACCUCGCUGUCCUGUCAAUCGGUACUUCUUCUUACAAUAUCUGCCAUGGCUUCAUCACCGAGAAGUUGGAUUACAAACUCUGCCCGGAUCCGACCUGCUUGACGGAGGUAGCGAUGGUUUGA